AUGGCAUCCUUGAUAGCGCCCCCGGGAGCUGGACCCCAAGCAAGAGAGGGUGAGAACGUUUUCGGCGUGGCCCACAUUUUCGCCUCAUUUAAUGAUACAUUCGUGGUAAGUCAUAAUUUCGAAUACCUUUCCAGUUGCUUGGAUCAUGUUACUGACUUGUCUGGAAAAGAAACAAUUUGCCGAGUUACUGGUGGCAUGAAAGUGAAAGCCGAUAGGGAUGAGUCCUCGCCAUAUGCUGCUAUGCUUGCUGCGCAAGAUGUAGCUGUUAGAUGCAAGGUACUUACAGAACUGGGGUUGACUGCUUUACAUAUUAAAAUGAGAGCAACGGGUGGAAACAAAACAAAGAGUCCAGGACCAGGCGGUCAAUCAGCGCUCAGAGCCCUUUCGCGCUCAGGAUUAAAGAUCGGAAGAAUAGAAGAUGUCACGCCUAUUCCUACCGAUAGUACACGUAGAAAGGGUGGACGCAGAGGAAGGCGCUUGUAG